AUGGCCGAGAGUGCUGAACGCAAAUAUUGCUACAAAUGCGGGAAAAACGACCAUACCCCAACGGAAUGUUCAUCUAAUGAACGUCUUUGCUUCAACUGCCAAGAGCCGGGGCACCAAUCGCGUGCUUGUCCCAAGCCCAAAGGAUUCUUGAACAGAAAGUGCGGAGGAUGCAGCAAAAAAGGACAUACUUCGGCCGACUGUCCUGUGCGUUCAGAAUGGAUAUGUAGGAAUUGCGAACAGUCCGGACAUGGACAUUGGGAAUGUUUAAAGCCCCGCGGUUGUUCGAAGAUCAUAUGUCGACGCUGUCAGGAAAAGGGUCAUCUCGCUAACGAGUGUCCGAAUCGUGCGAAAUGGCAUUGUGCGAAUUGCAACACCAACGGGCACAUGCAUUUCGAGUGUCCCAAACCUCGCGGAUACCUCAAGAUGACAUGCAGACGUUGCGAAGAAAUCGGGCAUCUCGCUAGCGAAUGUCCCAACCGUUCAAAAUGGAGAUGCCUGAAUUGCAAGGAGCAUGGUCAUUUCCAGCACGAAUGUACCAAGCCGCGUCAGAAGACGUGUUUUUCUUGUGGCGAAGCCGGCCAUACACUUCCGCAGUGCCCCAAACGCGUUUGUUUCAAAUGUGGAGCUACUGGACAUCAGGGAAGGACAUGUCCCAAUCCACCUCGCUCUCAGCAGGCAUCCUGCAGUCGUUGCGGGGGUAGAAAUCACUUCCCUGGGCAAUGUCCCGUUUCGAAGGCACAGCCCAAUUCAAAACCUGAACAUACGCAUGAGAAGGAGCACUCGAAUGCAGCAGCUGGUACACAGGGUGGUGCAAACAGCGACAAUGCAAAGCAAGAGACGCAGAAAACCCGAGAGCAGUGGAAGCCAAAUCCAGCAGCUUCGAGUAUGUUGAGCAGGGCGCAGGCAGCGCUCCUGUGUGACGAGUACCGUUCUGCAAUUGCGUUGCUUACGGACGCGAUCGCGCUUGACAGGGGUAUAGCCGACAUCUACUCGACUCGUGGGAUCGCAUACGCUAAAUGCAAAGACUACCUCUCCGCUCUCGCAGACUUCCAGCUCGCAUCCUCGCUGGCAGGCUACAAACCUUCUGUAAAAGUUCUCAUCCAGACCGCUCGCUGUCGCUUCCGUCUCGGCUCGCACUCCGCUGCGCUCCUCGCCAUCCGCGAAGCGCUGUCCAUAGAACCUGGGGACCAGGACGCGUUGACGUUGAAAUGUCGGCUGCUCGACCUGGGGUCGCACAUUGAGAGGUACCAUGGUGCGCGGUCGCGCAAGCACUGGCGGGCGGCGCGGACGUCGUACGAAGCAUGUUUGACAGUGUUUGCAGAUGAAAGUGUAGAUUGUCCCGCGGAGAUCCAGUGCUGGGGCAUCGAGUUGCUCAUUGCCGAAGGCAACUGGGUGGUAGCGAUGAGAACCGCUGAUGAGUUGGUACACUCUAAAUCCCAUACCAUCGAAGUCAAGAUCCUCCGCGCUCUGGUGUUGUUCCUCUCUGGGAAGUUACCUCCCGCCUUCGACCAGAUUGUGGCUGUGCUGAAGCUUGAUCCGGACAACACGAGCGCGAGAGUGCUCCGUGCUCGGAUCAAAGAGGUUCGCCGUCUGAAAGACGAGGGCAACUCACAUUUUCAAGGACAGGAAUGGAUUGAAGCUGUCAUGAAGUACAGUAGUGCACUCGAGAUGGUAACUGAGAAGGAAGAGGACUGCAAGGGAUGUCUUCUCCGGGCGAUCCUAUUACUCAACAGGGCGACCGCGCGAUCAAAGAUCAAAUUGUACGCCGAAGGGCUGAAGGACGUCAACACCGCAUUAGCACUGGACCCAUCGUAUUUCAAGGCGUACUGUGCUCGGGGACGCAUAUACGUCGGCCUCGAACUCUACGAAUCGGCGGUCGAAGACUUCAAAUCAGCCCUGGAACAUGGUGCAGCCCUACUGAAUGCUACCGACGCACGAACUUUGAAGGAGGAGCUAGAGUGCGCGGAGAGGGAUGCAGAGAGGGAGCGCAAGAAAGAUAAGGAUUACUACAAGAUCCUUGGACUCAAGAGAACAUGCUCAGCGACAGAGAUCAAGAAAGCCUACCGUACUGAGUCGCUGAAGCACCAUCCAGACAAGGGCGGUGUGGCUGAGAAGUUCAAGGUUGUCGCCGAGGCAUAUGAAACUCUCUCGGAUCCUGCAGCACGGAGAGUGUAUGACGCAAAAUGGCCUCAGCCCGACCGCCAUGGCUAUUCAAGCUAUUACGACGACGAGGAUGGCUAUGACGAUGACGACGACGACGACGACGACGGUUUCUACGAUCAGCGGUACCACCGGAAUGGUUAUCAAUAUGACUGA